AUGGCCCACCCCGCUGGUGAGACCGUCACAAUCUCUGUCCGUCGUCCGAUUGACGAUCCCGUCUUCGUGGCCGGCACUUUCUCCGAGCCGCAAUGGGAGCCCCUCGAACUGAGCUCCAAGAUGGUGGAUACCGAACCGGAUGAGGAGGGAUUGGUUUCGACAGAAUAUCUAUUCUACCGCGAGUUGGAGUUGUCCCCUGGUCAAUAUCAAUAUAGAUUCCGCGAGGGCGCUUCCGGCCCGUGGUUCCACGACGAGGCUGUCAAACACGCCGCAGGGGAAGGAGGUCUGGUGAACAACUUUCUCACCGUCGGACCGAGCGGAGAUGCCGCCGCAGAGACCGAGGAAGCCGCGCCGAAAGAGAACGGCGUCAAUGGGGCCGCUGAGCAUGCUGCCCCCGUACAGGAACCCGUCGUCGAGGAGAAGCAGUCCGAGUCGGUCCCCGAGCCGGAAGAAAAGAAGGAUGCUGAAGUGACGGAGCCUGCCACCAACGGUGUCGCAGCACCUGAGGUCAACGGAACGGAAUCCGCCGAGCAAACCUCCGACUCCAAGCACGAAGACGUUACGACGGAGAAGGCCGACGAGGCGACGGAAACACCUGCUGAGAGCCAGCCCGCACCGAAGGAAGCGGAAGAGGUUUCAGCUGCCCCCGCCGUCACUGAGGAGGUGAAGCCUGAGUCUGACGUCCAGGUUAAAGCUGAGGAGCAACCGGAGACUUCGACCGAGAGCGCCACCGUCGCGAACACCGAAAAGGACGCCGAAGAGCCUAAAAACACUGAGGUUACGGAGGAGAUCACGUCGAAGCCGGCAGAGUCUGCCCCAGAGCCCGCAGCCCAGGAAUCGACCGAGGCUGAGGUUUCGGGAGAGCAGCCCGUCGUGGAGGAAGUAACCCCGGAGGUUGUUGCCAAGGAUGUUGCUGCUGAACCUGCUGCUGAAGAACCGGCCCGUGAAGAACCUGCCGCCGAGAAGCCGACGGAGUCCACUGUUGAAGAAGCUACGACACAGGAGGCCCCCAAGGAAGAGUCCGCACCGAAGGAACCGGAGACCCCCGCCGUCCAGACGACUAUCGAAUCUACCGCAGAAGAGCCUACAAAGGAAGUGGAAGAGGUGAACACUACAGCUACCGAGACUGUCACUGAGGCUGCUACCGAAGAGCCUGCGAAGGAGUCGGUUACGGAAGAAGCGGCGGAAGCGCCCAGCACUGAGGUCCCGGCUACCGAGCCCGCUACGGAGGAACCUGCGCAGGAGGUCGCCAAGGACGAAGUCAAGGCUGAAGAACCCGCCGAGGCGACCACUGCUGUGGAGUCCACCGUUGAAGAACCCUUGAAGGAAGUGACCAAGGAGGAAUCUACUCCGGAGCCCUCGACUGCUGAGCCUACCACGGAAACCGUGGAAAAGGCCACCACUGAAGAGGCCCCUGUGGAAGCUGCACCUGUCGAGGAGCAACCCAAGGAAUCUGUUACCGACAAGGACGCUGUGGAGCAGCCGGCUGAGGAGGAAUCCGCCGCCCCCCAACCUUCCGAGGCCCCGGUCGAAGAAUCUGUCCCUGAGAACACCGUUUCUGAACCGACAACGGAGGUGGCCGCCGAGCCUGUCACCGAGACUCCAGUUGCUGAUGAGCCCACUGAACCGUCUGCGGAAGAAGCGCACACUGAGCCUGCUGCGGAGAAGGUUGAGGAGCCCAAGACAGAAGAGCCUGCCGACCAGAAGGCAACUGAAGGUGCAGCUGAAGCUUCGAUUGAGACAGAGGAAAAGACUGCUGAGCCCGCAGAGGAGCACCCUACCGAGGCAACCGCCGAGAUCGCCGAGCCACCGGUCACGGAGAAGCCGGCAGAGGAACCCGCUGAACAGGUCACGGAAACCUCUGAAGAGGUUGCAAAGGAGGAGCCUGUCCAGCAGGAGUCUUCUAAAGAGCCUGCUACCGAACAGGCUGCUGUUGAUGCUCCGGCUGAAGAGACUACGGAAACUCCUGCUAAGGAAACCCCUGUCGAGGAGGUAGCGACCGAAACUGUUGCGGAAGAGGCACUUGUCGAGACUUCGACCACGGAAGUGGCUGAAGAAGCUGGCAAGGUUGACUCGGCUGCCGAAGAACCGGUGGCUGAGAAGCCUGUCGCAGAAGAACCAGUUGUCGAGGCCUCCGUUUCAGAGACAGCUGAGGAGUCUCCCAAGGAGACUGGUGCGGAUGAAGCAGUGGCUGAGGCGGUUGCGGAAGAGCCCGUUGCUUCGGAGACUGUUGAAGAGACCGCCCAGCCUGCAGUUGAGGAACCGGCCACGGAGACUUCAGCCAAGGAUGUUGCUGAAGAGCCUGCUCAGGAGCCUGCUGCUGAAGCCACCGCUACAGAGGCCGAGGAAUCUGCCCAGCCGGCUGCUGAGAAGCUUGUUGUCGAGGAGCCCGCCCCUGAAGCAACCACCACGCAGACCGAGGAAUCCGCGCCGGAGCCUGUCGUCGAACAGACUGCUCAGGAGACCCCGGCCGAGGAAGUUGUCGAGCAACCGGCUGUUGAAGAGCCGGUCGUCGAGGAACCAGUGGCCGAGAAGACAGUUCAGGAAGAAGAACCCGUCAAGGUAGAAGAACCCGUCAAGGAAGAAGAACCCGUCAAGGAAGACGAGCCUGAAGUGACAGUUGCACAUGAAGAGACUGCGAAGGAAGAAGUCCCGGCUUCCCAGGAGCCUGCUCAUGAAGAAGCUGCUCCCGCAGUCCCCGAGUCCCAGGAGACUGCCGAGGUCGCUGCUGAAGAGACCAAGGAGGCGGUUGCUGAAGAGCCUGAGCACGCAGCUGAAGCUCCGGCUGCUGAAGAGCUGGUGAAGGAGGAAGUCGUCGCGGAGACCAAGCCUGAAGAAUCCCUUCCCGAGGAAUCUACUAAGGAGCCUGCCGUGGAGGAGCCUACUGUGCAAGAAUCCCAGCAGACUGAAGAGCCCAUUGAGGACACUGUCGCGGACGAGUCGACGGACGAGUCCUCCAACCUGGCUGAGUCUACUGUCGCUACGACUGCUGGAGAUGAGAUCGUUUUUGACAACCAGUCGACCAAGGAAACUGAGCCAGUCACCGAAGAGCUUGUCGAGGAGUCUGUUAAGGUAGCUGUCGAGGAGCCUGCUGUCGAGGAACCCGUCAAGGAGGCUGUCGCUGAAGAGCCUGCUGUCGAAGAGCCUGCUGUCGAGGAACCUGCUGUCGAGGAACCUGCUGUCGAGGAACCUGCUGUCGAGGAACCUGUUAAGGAGGCUGUUGUUGAGGAGCCUGCCGUCGAGCAGCCUGCUUCGAAGGAGCUCGUCGUUGAGGAGCCUCCUGUCGAGGAACCUGUCAAGGAGGUCGUCGCUGAAGAGCCUGCUGCCACGGAGCCUGUUGUCGAAGAGCCUGCGGUCGAGGAACCUGUUAAGGAGGCUGUCCAGGAACCUGCUGUUGAGGAGCCUGCCGUGAAGGAGGUUGUCGUUGAGGAGGCUGCCGCCACGGAACCUGUUACCGAAGAACCUGUCGCCAAGGAAGCUGUCGAGGAGGCUGCCAUCGAUGAACCUGCUGUCGAGGCGCCUGUCACUCAUGAGGCCGAAAAGGAGACUGCUGAGGAGCCGGUUGCGGAAGUUGCCCAAGAACAAGCGGCAGUUGAGUCGUUCCCCGAGCACUCUGAGAAGGAGGCCGUUGCUGAGGCUGCUGUUGCGGCAGUUGCAGCAGUAGCGGCGGCGGAGGUUGUCGACAAGGUUGCCGAGCCAGCUGUUCAGGAGCCCGUUGCUUCUGAACCGGUUGUUGAGGCCGCAACCGUUGAAGCUACUGAGGCUCCGGUUGAGAAGGAGGUUGCUGCCGCAGAGCCUGUCCCUGAGACCCACGAAGAAACGGCCAAGGCCGAAGAGGCACAGGAGCAGAAGGCUGUGGAGGAAGCUGUCGCACAGGUUGAAGAACAGGUUACCGAGCCGGUGCAUGCGCCCAAGGAUGAGCCGGCUGCAGUUGAGACUGUCGUCGAGCCUGUUGCUACCGAGGAAGCCCCGAAGGCCGAAGUUGCUGAGGCUGUUAGUGUCGAGAAGGAGGAACCUGUCCAGGUUGAAACCGUCAGUGAGCCGGCCCCGGCUGAGCCUCAAGCCAAGGAAGUGCCUGUGCCUACCGAGGUGGAGGCUCCUGUCGAGGCCAACAUCGUGACGGCACACGAAGAGCCUAUUCCUGAGACGGCCAAGGAGGCCGCUCCUGAGGAGUCUGCCAAGGAUAGCAUUUUUAGCCCUGAGGUUCUUGGCGCAGGUGUUGCUACUGUUGCUGCCGGUGCUGCCAUUACCGCCGGAGUGUAUGCGGCCACUCACAAGGAACACGAAGCUGCUCCUGAGCACGUUGAGUCCAAGCAAGUUCCCGUCCAGCCUGAGAGCACAGAUAAGGCAGUCGUCACCGAAAACAAGCCUACCGAGCGUAUGCACUUCUCAAGUCCUGCAGCGAAUCAGCUGGGAAUUACCGAAUAUGGAGCUGACCUUGUAACAGCAGUUGCCGAGGCACCUUCUACCGAGCAGCCUUCUGCAUCUACCCAGCAGCCUCAUGUCGAAGACGAUGCCGAGCCCCAGCCCAAGAAGGCUUCUGAGCCCCAGCCCGCCACCGAGCCCGCCGCGCCGUCCGAGAAUGCCGCCGACAAGGCAGUUGCCACCAAGGGCGACGAGGAAGAUCGUGCCCAAAGUCAAAACCGGUCAGUCACAGCUGUUUCUCUGAACCGUAAACAUGACAGCUGGUUUAAGACCAUCCUUCGGGCUGUGUUCACCAAUUUCUUUGGGGCUAUUUUCUCGCCGUUCCGUCGCCGUGGAAGGAACAACCAGUAG